UCCGCUAUAGCAGAGUAUCACGACGUCAUAUCUUUUCGUGGUUUAUAACGUUGAACUCUCAUUUAACACAGUUUUUGAGCAGCAGUGUCUUUGACGAAGAUGGGUUGUUGUGGAAAAAAUAGCGACGAUGAAAGGACUGAUAAUGUGGAGAUGAAAGGAGGGGAUAAGAGAGGCGGAAAAGCUGGCAAGUGGGGUACGUGUGUACAAAGUUUAGCUCUGUAAACAAACGCGAUAUUAGCUUAACUUUGUAGUUUCAUCCGAGGAUGUUACUUCUUAUUUCCAGGCUAGCAAUAUUCGAUUUUAAGGGUUACAGUUGCAGUUGCGAUGUGUACUGGAAAUUAUACUGUAGUAAAGAGCGGGCAAACUAAGAUGAAUACCUAAAAAUACCUAAAAAAAAGUGCAUCGCGCCUUGCAAUUGAAUGAGUUAAUCGCGGUGGCUCGCAAUUAAAUUUUAGUCCGUUUUAUUGAGAUGUCCUAAGGCUAAAUUUUACUUAACUACCAUUUACAACUAUUUUUACAAAUCCUUUUAGAUGUAAUUGACUGGGUAGAUGUGUAAUAUGCCCUUCUUACGUACGCGCGUGAUCUUCAUGUAUCACAACGGUGAAAUUUGAUUGCCCCCUAACAACAACUUCCUUGUUCGGACAGGAUCCUCGUAUAUGCAUCUUUGAAAAAUCAAUGCAGCUCGAGAGUUAGUCGCAGUUAAUGUUAGAUCGAUUUUCUCAUUGAAUAGAGAUCUGCUUCAGGAACAUGUUGAUGUUAUAUGCAUGCAAAACUUUGUUAUGUGAAAUGUAUAAGUGAGGUGUGUUGACCGACACGAUGCAAUAAUCCUGUUCACACAACAUUUCGUGUGCAAAGACAGCAAAUAACAUGUUUUGGCCGGUAGGAUUAUGACGAAGCUAUACAAGGCAGUCACAGGCUUGAAGUGUAAGGCGAAAUUUGCCACCUGAUAGUUUGAUGUUCCAAUUUUUUGCCAAAUUAGGUUUAUACUUUACAUUUAGUAAACACUGCUCAGCAGUAACAAAUGUCUCAGACUUUGAGCUUUAGGGAAUGUUGCACAUAUAAAUUGCCAAGGGAAAAGGAAAUGGUGAUGAUGAAACUGCACAGGCCCAAUGGUAAAGUCUGAUAGUAAAUUGCUAAAUAGCUUGAGCUGGGUCCACAUUAUUUUACAAGUAAACAAUUCAGCCAAAAAAUUGAUCUAUCAGACCCAUCAGAAUUGUUCACUAAGGUGGGGGUGAGUAGUGGUUGUUUACUUCCAUUUCAGUAAAUAAUUUUUAAUUAUUUACACAAGCUAUUUCUUACUUGCCUAUGUUCAUAUCAUCAACAAGUUCUUGAUAAUUUUUUCUCUAACUAUAGGAAAUCCUAAACCAUUUGAUCCAACAUUUAAUGGGCCAAUAAAAAACAGGUAAAUGUGUACUGGUUCCUAACAGUCUUGCAUAAUGCUAAGAAAAUAUCUUGAUUACUUCCCUUUGAAUAGCUAUAUAAGUAAAUGAUACCUUAGCAGAUGUAUACAGAAUUUCAGAACAGCAGUUGUCAGUAUCAAAUGGGAAACAGCUGUUUGUUUGGAGUCUCAGUAUGUAUAAAGCAUAAACAGCAUCAAUUAAUGCAACCUCUUUGAAAAUGAGACACAAUAAAUAUAGGUAGUUCUUGCAAUAUCCGAGGUUUCUAUACCAAACUAAGCUACACAUAUUUCUCAUUUAACAAGUGUAAACCAUAGGGUAAGUGUUGUACAUCUGUGAUUUAAAUACCACCAUAAAUGUAUUCUGUAUUUGACUUUUAUAAAUGUCAUUCAAAACAAGUGUUCAGUGUUUUUUAAGAAUGCAGGGUGAUGAUUAUUGCUGGGAAUUACUUCUAAACAUGUGGACACAAGAAAGUAGAAUUUAUCAGUAUAUGGAAUGUGGCUGUUCUCUGCAGAAAAAGCCAAUCAGGGGAAUUAGAAAACUAAUCCGCAGACAAUAUUAAUUAGUUUGUGGUUUGGAGGUGUAUUUGUGGGUCCUGAACUUUAUUGUGAUUGGUCACUGCCCAAUUGACCUGUCUGGAGAGAAUUAUAAUGUUCAUGGUUCUCUGAGAGUUUUAGUUACUGUAGCUAUAAAGAAAGAAAUGAUGUUAUCUUGCUCAGGCUGAUAUAGAAAUGCAUGCUCUUUUAUUGAUUUACGUGAGGGGAAAAUUUAAGAAAAGAAAGAAAUAAAGUGAAUCAAAGGGAUUCAUUUAGUUGUUCUCUCUGAGAAACAUAAAUUUAAGUGAAACUUAGGCUAUGGUUCAAUGGGUUAUGUCUGAUUUGAUAUCAAAUGGCCCACAAUUUUAAUGAUUAUAUUUUGGCUUUUUUAGGAGCUGCACUGACUGUAUAUGUUGCAUUCUCUUUGUUCUUUACAUUGUUGGCAUGAUAGCCCUGGGAAUUGUAGGUUAGUAUAUCAUAUUAUAUUUUCUUAAUAUAUAUGUAACUCUAAUGAUGACUACUGCUCACAGUAUGGAAACUUCAGUCACUGGUACCAACAACAAUCCCUCUCAAGACUAUACUCAUACAUACAAUCAGACUACAAUGUUGCAUGAGAGACAUGUAGUUUUUGACUGUGUGCUUUUACUGUAUACUGAAGAGAAUGUUUAGUAUAAGGUUUAUCAUACCCUUGAGCAGGCUCUUCCUUUGUUCCAAAAACCCUUUCUUUCAAAAUGAGGCUAGGUGCAGAAUGCUUUCUUUGGAAAAUUAGUGUUAUUUGCAUGAAAACACAAAAAUAAACUUUACAUCAAAGGCUUCACACUUUAUUACCCCAAACUUGAAAGCCAAGGCUUUAAGCAUCUUGGAAAUGACCUCUUGUUAAAAUGUACACAAAAGAUGUUUGAUAUAACUUAACAAGGCUACAAUGCAAAUUAAAUAUGCUAGUUACUGUGUGAAUUGUUCUUAGCUAUUGUUGACUUGUUGAGAUCUGAAGUCAGAUUAAAAGGAGAAUAUGUACACAUAUAUAUAUAUAUACAUAUGUAUUGAUAUAUAAAUUUCUGGGUGUUAACAAUAUUUGCUGAACAUUUUUAUUGCAGCAUAUAUAAAAGGUAAUCCAUACAAGCUGCUGAAUUCUGUUGAUUCUGAUGGUAAGUGGCUACACAUGAAAUUGAUUUUACACUCAGGGGAAAUGUUUUGGUAUUUGUUUUCUUGGAGAUUAUAUGAACAAUUCCUCCUUUAAUGGUUUUUUAUAGUAUUGUAUUUGGAUAUAACCAUUGGUUGAUGUUAAAUUUGUGAGAUUACUUAACAGGAAAGUAUGUUGUGGUAUGGAAUGAAUUUCAGGUCAAAACAGUUUUUUUUCCAGUACAUUAUGACAAACAAAGUCAUUAAAAAAAAAAUGUGAAAUAAAACAGGAUUAGACUUAUUUUAAUUAACCUGAAAUAAUUUUCAACUACAAUCAUGGUCAAAUUUAAUUGAUUGUAAGCUUCCUAACAAUUUUCUUUGCACUGCCCCUUUUUUCAUUUUGGAGCAGCAUUGAUUAUUAUUGAAUAAAAUUGUUUGGAACAAAAUAAAUUUUUUUCAUGGACAGAUCAAUGCAUCAUCACUUUUACUUAAGACAAAGCAUUAAAUUUCAAUCUGUAAUCAUUAAGACAUGUCUUCUUUUAGGAAAUAUCUGUGGUUACGAUGAGAAUGUCAAGUAAGUUCAUUAUCUUGAUAUGUAUUUUGUACAGGACAACAGGAUAAUGAUUGUUUUACUUAAGACUGGUGGAUGUCACUGGCAACUUUUUCUGAUACUAGAGCUGAAUAUUUUGUCCUCUUUUUAGCUUGAAUUUAGAUGUUCCUGGAACCUUAAUUGCACAUUUUCCUGCAAAUUUACAUCUAUCACAGUAUUGCUCAAAAUUUUAUAUUUUCACAUUUACAACUUUAUUGAUCAGAAUGUAGCUUAUUGGAAAAAACAAUUAAAUUAAAAAAAUAUUCCAAGGAAAUUGUGAAAUUUGACAUCGCGGUAGGUGUGGUCAAAAUCCACUGUUUUCACUUAUUCUAAAAGAGACUAUCUUGCAUUUGAGCAGUACUGCUUGCUUAAGUAAUCACAAAUGAGAUAUGUAUGAUGCUAUCAGGAUGUUUCUUUUAAUAUUAACGUUUUUUCUGAAAGGGAUCGGCCUAAAUUGGUUUUCUUUGACUUGACGGAAUGUCUUCCUGCAGUCACUCAAGUUGCAACAAAUCUCUUUGGGGCAUCUUGUCCAACAAAACAGGUGAUUAUAAUGAAUAACUUAAAAUCCAACUUAUAGGAGCCCUCCACUCCCUGCUUGGAACUCUUCCCAUUUUUUAAUCCAUCUAAAUGGUACCUUUGAGACUAGGUUAAAGGGUAUACUAUCUUCUUUUUAAUAAGUACCUCCCACAGCACUUCUCUGACUUGUUGUAUUAAUAUAGUGGUCUAAACACUUAGGGUACACGGAGAAAAGGACACUUGGGUCAUUUAAUUUGGAAUUGUUAUUUAAAAUUUAUAAUUCAUCAGUUGUUGAUGCAAUCAAAUUUAAUUAACAAUCCUGUGUGCAAAUCAAUUUCUGGCCAUUAUAGCCUGAUAACCAAUCUGCCAAAUGUCAUGAGCAUCUCAUUUCUCUAUUCAAUUUCACCCCUGAAUCAAAUCAAAGAACACAAGAAUAAAGGAAAUGAUCACCAACGGAGAAGCUCUUGAUUGUUAAGCAAAUUCUCAUGGUCAACACUUUAAAAAAUAUAUGAAGAACAUGAUAGGGAAUAUGCAUACUAAUGUUGGAUUAUAAAGGGUUAAAUUUUCUAUGAAAUUUUUUCAGACUAGAGAACCUUAGAUGAAGAAUGGUGAAUGACAUUUACAAACAGUACUUUUGAGCACAUUGCACUGAUGAUAAUCCUAAGGCUAAAAAAUUCAUUAGUCAUUGCACAUAUAUUUGUGAUUUUUGAAUUUCUUAUGUAUAACAGGAAAUUGUAUGAAGUCAAGUGUACUUUGGUGUUUUGAAAAUAUUUCAAAAUAUCUCAAGCUUAAGGCAUGAUAUAUGAUUUUUUGUCGUGUUCUCAAUAAAAUCACAAACUUAGGUUACUUUGAACUUUCCAUUUUUUUUUUUCAAAUUUUAUCAUGUUUUAGAAACUUAUCAAAUUUUAGGCAAAGGUGAUGUCAAAAUCCUUUAUUGCUUUCUGUUACCUACUUCUGCACUCAUCAUUAAUCAAUCAGGAACAUGAUAAUUCAUUAUAACAAUAUGAUACAAAUAAAUGAAACAAGUUAUGAAACAAGUUAUGAAACAAGUUUUGGGGAUGGUGUUACCUGGUUUUCAAUAAUCAAAUCAACUAAGUUGUAAUAAGUGAUAAAUUUAAGAAAAUUGCUCAUGACCAUGUUGCUUUAUGUUAUUAAUUAAAAUGUAUUUUUUUGCAAUUCACCCUGUUCUAGCGCUGUGUGAAGAGUUGCCCUGACAAAAAUGCUUUUGCACUCACUGGGAAUGUAUCAGACCUUGUUUGUGACUAUGACAUUGAUGUCAACAGUUUAAAUCCAUCUUAUCAGGUAAUUUCUGUUAGCUUUCAACCCAUAAAAAUGUAAGUAAAUUUAUCGCUGGAUCUAAAACUAUAAUAAAUGUGGCAUGAGCAUUUUAGCUCAGAAAGUACUUUUCAUCUGAUAUUGUCUUAUUGUUUGCACCUUUUGGAUUGUUCAUGAAGUUUAAUAUUUAUUGUAUCUUUCACACUGAACUAUCUCUAAUGACUUUUUUAGCAGUGUAUUUUGCAUUUCUUAGUUUAAAUUCUCUACUGGUUUUUUGGCCAACCCCUUGGGGCAUCUCAACACAACUUAUCUUGGUGUUGUUCAUAACUUAACAGGAACGCUUAGACUUAAUCAGGAACAAGAGGUGUGCUCCAUAUAUCCUCAAAAGUUCUGAUGGUGAGUAUAUGAAAUAUAGUGUUUGUUAAUAUUAUGAUAUAAAGAUGACCUUUACAUUGAGACAGAAAAUAAUAGUGUUUGCUUUUAAUAAUUAUGAUAUAAAAGAUGACCACUUUUUUUCAUUUAUUUGCUUAAUUAUGGAAGGAGGAAAUGCAAUAAACAAUUGUUACAUCAAUAAUACAAAGAAAGGCAGGAAGUGGGUAGAGCCAAUGGAAGAUUAAGGCAGUUCUUACAACAAUUUUUUUUAUAUUUUAUGUCUUAAGUACCUGACCAAUAAAAUUUUAUAAUUUUGGUUUUAUUAACUCAAUCAGUUUAUCAAAACCAAAUUAUCUUGUAUAUCAACCUCUCCCCCCCCCCCUUUUGCAAUGCAGCACCAUUUUUUCUUCAAAAACUUAUUAUUUAUUCCAUAAAAUGUUACUCUUGGAGGACACAAACACCUUCUGUUUUAACUUAAUUGAAAAUAGCUUUAAAAUAUCUAUGCAUUUGCUUUGUUUAACAGUCCUGAACCGUUGCAUACCAAUACUAGUUGGAGAUGCAUUAAAAACCAGUUUAGGAGAUCAGCUGCAAUCAGCAGAUGGAUCAAAUGUCACUGCUGAAGAAGUAAAAGAAGGAUCUCUGUAAGUAAACACUGAAGCAUCCAGUUUGCAACAGACUUAAGAAUAAGCUACGAACCUCAAAGGGGAUUUAUUUUCCACAAAUAUUUGCUAAUUCCAUCUAGUAUCAGAAUUUUUGUAUUUAACUUGUGCCUCAUCCUGUAAAUAAUACAAGUGGCCAGCAUUUAAUUUCUCCUUACAGUAAUAUUACUGAAUCAUUCACUAAGAUUAUGAGAACAAAGGAAGUGAUUGCUAACCAAUCAAGUUUUGAUUGUUAAAGAAAUUCUCCUUGUCUGUACCAAAGGAAAUAUUAUAGAGAACAGUAUGGAGAAUACGGAUACUGAUGUAAGGGUGUAAAGGGUUAAUACAAGUGUUUCAUUGGCUCACCAUCACAAAACAAUAUUAAUUAGGAAAUAAUCAUGCAACUGCAGAUUUGAAACUUACUAAUCUUUGGUUUACCUUCUAUAGAGCUGUUCAGGCAUUGCUGAACCUGCAGAACCUUGGUCAGAAGGUAGGAAUAAUUAAAACUUAAGAUAAUACUUCCCAGCCUUCUGUUAUCCACACCUGUGCUUAGAUACAUUAACAUCAAAGUAACAAUUUUUGCUUUUUAAUGUUUGCGGUAGAUCAUACAAGAUGUGCAGGAAUCCUGGUACUGGAUUCUGGCGUAAGUACAGUGACAAAACAUCACAGCUAGAUAUUUUUUUGGUUUCUUAGUUGGCUAGUUAUAAAUUUUGGAUGAACACUUUGCAAGGUUGUUGAAUGAUAUAUCUAGUUGUAUACUUGAUAUUCCUUUUUACAAACCUCAUUCUUCAAAGGCACUACAACUGCUUUUUUAUUGUGGCCACCUGAACUCUGUUCUUUUUGUAUAAAUUAGUAGCUAUCUAUUAGUUGAAGAGUAAUGCCUGAAAUGAAAGAUACAUUUCCUUUGUGAAUUUUGAUUGGCUGUGAAAAACUCAUGUUGAGUAUGUAAACCCACCAGUUGUUCCUUGUUUUGUGUGUAUGAUGUACAGGUAGCAUUGCAUUAAGGUAGUAGAGCAAGUUUGGGCUUACAAUCUUGGUGAGAUUGAAUGCAUAACUGACUGAGUGUCUUGUUUAAACAGUGCCAUGGGAAUUGCGAUGGUGGCUUCUUUCUUGUAUAUUAUUGUCAUGAGGUGAGACUGCAGAUAUUUGAUUUGUUUUUUGGGGAAUCAUAAUGUGAUAAUUAUGGCUCUUUUUUAAAGUGCAACAGAGUAAAACAAAAACACACCUAUUAAACUUCAUAUCGGUGGAAUUUCAUUUUUAGGUGGAUUGCUGGACUUGUGGUGUGGGUGACCAUCUAUGCUGUUUUGACUGCACUUGGCUUCUGUAAGUGUGAAAUUUAAUGUUUAACUUAAUACAGUCCAAAGCUGAUAAUGUGCUAGUAGAGUGGACUUCAGAAAAAAGUCACCCCAGCCACCACUUGCUUGAAGCCUAUUUUUCACUUCUGUUAUUGAAUUCUUCUGGGAAAUUGUUUGAUAAGUAAAUGAAAACUUCCAUAGGAGAACAUAUGGGAACUAGUUCCUGUUUUUGAGAGAAUUCUGUUCACCUGUCAUUUUUCAGCCAGUCUGUUGAGUUGGGCAGCUGUUUGAGCUGUUUUGGAAGCUGUUCCUCAUCCAUCAAAUAGGUUCUGACAUCCGUUGGGGAAAUAUUGCAUCAUUUGAACAAGUUUAGGAGCCUCUUAAACAAUUUUGGCUUCCUCCAACCAGUAAAAUUUGUGAAGAUCUUUUUUCCACAGCUGAGGGCUGGGAUUACUUUGGUAGAGACAAGGCUAUAGUCUUUUGUUGUUAGUAUUUUAUUGAUGACAAGUCAGGGACAAUUUUAGAGGAUGUUCAAGAAAUACAAUAUAGUGAAAUCCCAUCAUCUUUUUAAAGGAGGGUUUUAAAAUAGUCACGGUCUUGAGUGACAAACUCUUCAAUCUUGCAGAAAAUAAAUUACAAUUUUCUAUACAGGCUUAGGAAAUUGCAAUAAAAUUAAUUUUAAUUUGGCUGCAGCCCAAAAAUUAAGUGCCUUGUUACUGGAAAAUGUUUGAUACAAUAAUUAAUGAUGUGAAUUAUUUUUAUUCAUGAUGAUAUGGGUGGAGUACGUGUAAAUUCACUUUUUGAUAUUUAGCAGCACCUUUAUGACUGAGAAGAGCUCUUUAUGGAUAGUCAUGACAGGUGGUAAUGAACACACUGAAAUUCAUGCAAUAUAUAUAUAUUUUUUUAACAUUUAGCUGUUUAUUAUUCAUGGACAAAGUACAAAGAACUGUCAUCCAACUCUGGUAACACCACAAUCACUGUUCUGAGCGUGUCCACUGGUCUUGAUUCAUAUGCUAACAGUGAAAAAACUUGGUACUGGCUGAGUAAGUAAAAAAAAAAUAUUUUAUGCAUACAAUGCUGUAGAUCUUCCCUCCUACCAAUGUCCAAGAUGCAAAAUUAAAUUUUUAAUGCAUUUAAUCGCACUUAUGGCAAAAUUCUAGUCUCAAAUAUUCAAUUUUGGAUUGUAUUGUUAGCCGACUUGUCAUAUAGACUAAUAGUCAUAGACUCUGCUGUCUUUCUCUUGGGCACUGAUGGCCUAGGGGAGGCACUAGUACUAAUGGUGGGUAGGAGUGUGUGGCAAACCUCUCAAAAUAGUUACCUUAUUUUAGACUAUAACACAGUGUACCAGUUUGCAAUUUUUCCAUCCUAUUCAAGGUCUGACAGAAAUCCAACAAUCUAUUUGAGGCAAUCCUUAAAUUAAUACAUGUAACUACUUAUGUUUCACUCAUGAUGAGUGACAAUGCCUUUGAUGUUGAAUAUAUUUUGGUUGUGGCAUUGCUUGAAAUCAGUUUGUGCACACUUUUGACAUUUUUAAUUUGUUACUAGACUCUGAAACAGGGGAACUUUAAAAUUAAAAUUUGGCAAAAAAUUUAAACCAAGGCAGAAAAAAGAGAAGGUUUAGUAAAAGCUUAGGAAGUUAUCUGUGGCACUCCUUGUGUAAAAUCAUCAUAAUGAAAACGUCUGUCUAUAAUAUGCAGAUGAAGUGACAGUCAUUUCCUUGUGUUGCAGCUAUUAUUCUUGGGGUUAUCCUUGGAAUUCUGGUGUUGAUUCUGCUGGCUUUAUACAAGAGGAUUUCUAUUGCAAUUCAGAUCAUCAAAGAGGGAAGCAGGUAUGAUGACUGCACCCACAUUCUUCCUUGAAUGUCACAACAUUGCGUUGUUGUUAAUGCAAUCUAUGUUUUCAUGCAUUUAAUGUGAAUUGUAUGUAUGUUUUCAUUUUCAUUUCAAAAUGUAAUUUCCUUUGCUCUUGUAGGGCUGUAUCUGCCAUGCCAUUUAGUCUGUUUUUCCCUGUUGUUCCUUGGCUGCUCCAGAUCAUACUGUUUGGAUGGUUUGUUGGUGUCUUAGCGUAUCCUUUGACUUUUGAAAUGUUGUUUAACUUUAACAUAGGCGGUUACUAGUUAACAACUGCAAGGCUGGAUGUGUUGUGGGUUUUGGGGGGUGUGAUUGGAUGUUUGGGUGGGGUUCAUUUGGGUGAUAAAAUUAUACACCCUUUUUAGACUCCAGACUCCUAAAACCACGCCCUCAGUGGUGAGCUGGGGGCUGGUUAUCCCAGGGGCUGUCAUGUGCAUAGUGACCAACCCCUGCCCCCAAAUUUUUAAGUUGAUGCACCAUCCCUCUUUUUCUCCACAUUUCUACCCAUGCUGUGAUUUUCACCAUCAUCACAGACACAAACACGGUCCCAGUUAUAGCAGACCAUUUGGUUUCACUUUUCACUUGAUUUCCUCACAAUACAGUCCUCUGUUCUCAUAACAUCAAGUGUUGCCGAGCUUGCAUUAUCUCUCAUUGUAACAGAAGAUCGAAUUUUUGUUCAUACCAACUGUCUUAAUUGACCUCCUUAACACUUAAAGCUUCCUUGUCACAGCUGGUGAUCCACAGUACCAAGUUGUGUCCAAUGACACUCAAAAUGGACAAGUGUGUACUCAGGUGGAGAUAUUUGAAUGCUUUUGGGUUUCCUUCGCUUGAAUUCCCCAAAACUCCUUUGAUUUCUCCAAAACUUCUUUUUUGAUGAGUUGGGAUCAUGCCUUUCUUGUCUAAUUAUCUGUCGAUCAUUUCUAGGAAAUAAAAGAUGCAAUAGGAUCUGCCAGCAACUAUACAUGCAAUUUUGUGGACUUUGCAAACGAUGAGUGAGUAACAAAGUCUUGACUUCCUCGAAACGAAGUGCCAUGAUUAUUUAACAAUGAACAUUUCCAUAGCUGGUGAACACAUCUUUCUACUUCUCUGUAGCCCUGACAUACAUACUUGAACUAGUUUCACUCUGGCGAAGGGUUAACGCUCGAAACUUCAGCUAUAGAAACUCUUUACGGUGACCGAUUUACAUUGGAUAAAGUGAAUAAAACCAAACUUAUUAGACUUGGCCAACGACACACGGGAAUAUAUGUAAAGGUGCUAGUCACUUGUAAAAGCAACUUGUUAUUUUACCGGUCAAAUCGAACAGGUUGGUCCUCCGCCGGCCAGAUCAUUCACUUAGAUACUAGAGCUGUUAAGAAUCUUUCUUUUUCAUCUAUCUGUUCCAGCCAUUUGUUCCGCAUGCAAAUCUACCAUCUGUUUGGCUGGUUCUGGCUCAUGAAUUUCAUCAUUGCCCUAGGCCAGUGUGCACUGGCAGGUGCAUUUGCCUCCUAUUACUGGGCUUGGGACAAGAAGACGGUGAGUGUUCACAAAAAGUUGUUUUUGUUUUUUCUCAGUAAAAUUACGUGAAUCUGCAGUUGAUUCUUUGUGUUGGUUCACAGUUUUUUGUAAUUUAUUUUUUGGCUUUUUUCACUACUUGAACGCUUUACUUCAUGACUGGGAAAUGUACUGCCAAACUAAUUUUGUUGUUCAAUCUGUAUCGCAGGACAUACCAAAAUUUGCAGUGACAGCAUCAUUCUUCCGAACUCUAAGGUAGGAUAUUUUACAUGAAAUUGUUGUAGAACUUUAUCUCUUAGUCAUGUUUUGUGUAAACUCCCCAGGUAACUUCGUAACGCUGAUAUUUCGUUUUUUUCUGAUAUUUUUUUCCUCUCUUAUGGACUCUCCUGGACUGUAUUUGAAGCUUUGACUGCAAUUUGUUAUUGUAAAUGCAACCUUUUAUUGCUUUACUUUCGUCGCACUGUGAUCGGUUAUUGUGAACUCUACCAAUCUACUCCUUUUGUGUUCUUCAACGGCUCUAUGUCUUAUUCCGCUCAACGUCUCUGCUGGCCUCUUCGUAAGAUAUUCAGUGUAAUCAUAACAGUUAAGAGUUUAUCAGAGCGCCAUGCGAUUGGGUUUGGUUUUUAAUCUGAAAGUGGUGCGAGUUUUCUGGAACAAUUUCUCAUCGAAGUAAAGCAAAGCCAAAUUAACUCCGGGUUACUUUCGACCCUGAAUUGAAAAUUGUCCAAAUACUAGACGCUGAUAAUUCCCUCUGUCAGCUGCACCUCCACGUAAUGGCCCUUUGUCCACCGCUAUUUCCAUGUCUAAUUGGAUAUGGAAGGGAAAAAACCCUGGGAUCUAAGACGAGAACAAAUAACAAACUAAACCCACAUGUGACGCCAGGUUCAGGGCUCGAACCCAGGUCAUAGCGAGUUGGUGAAGUGAUAGAGCAAUCAAAUUUACCACUACUCUCUCUCUCUCCGAAGGUACCAUACUGGUUCACUGGCCUUCGGGUCUCUUAUCAUUGCCAUCGUUCAGUUGAUCCGAGCAGCACUGGAGUACAUCGAUCACAAGCUCAGAGGUAACGUCUGUAUGUUGUCUAUCCCCGGGUUUUACGGUCAUUUCGCCCCUAAUCACUUCGCUUCAACCAAAAGUCAGUUCGCUCCAUAAUCGAAGUUAGUUCGCUCCAUGUUACAAGUCAAGUGUAUAUGUGCUUACAAGAUUGUACUUGCCUAACUGAUGUUAUACGAUCUUGACGACAUGUUUGUAAUUGUUCGUUUCACUGGCUCUAAUCUCUCUCUGUCCCCCAUGCCAUGCCUAUGUUGUUGGUACGCUCAAAAUGCGCUCGAAUUUCAAGAGGUGUAUAUAUGCUUACAAGAUUGUAUGUUAUAGUCGUCCGAUUUAUUAAUACGAUCUUGAUGCACUCAAAAUGCGCUCGUAUUUCAAGUGUAUAUAUGCUUACAAGAUUGUGCGUUAUAGUCGUCCGAUUUAUAAAUACGAUCUUGACGCCAUGCCGAUGUUGUUGAUGCGCUCGUUGAUCGAUUGUCGAUUGAAUUUCAAAAACUUUAACAAACGGUCCGCUAAGCGGUUGCUGAAAGCCUACUCUUACCUGAAUGCACCCAGGGACUAGGCUGAUAAACCAUCACAAACAAAAAACGAACGGCUCCUUUAGGAGCCACCAAAUGAUCAACAAUGCAAUACAUGCCAAUACAUAGAAUGCAUGCAGCAAAAACUGAAAACAUGACAAUUCUUUCCAUAAAAAUAUAAAUUCCUUGAAAAAGCCGAAGAAUUUAUGCAAACUUAAGUUUAUCUUUAUUCAAACUCGUAACCUUUUCUAAAAGGGGGUUUCGAGGGAUUACAACUCGUAAGAAUUCGUGUUGAGGAAAUUAAUCGAACGAAAUGAUAUUUCGUGUUACCAAGUGUAAGCGAACGCGAUUGGAAGCUGCAUUAGUUAAUAAAUCUGAACUGACAUAAGUUCAAAAUCAGUCCAACCCCAACAUCAAACAAAAAGUUCAUGACAAUAUUUCACCAAUUUCUUACAUGAAGCGAAGUAACUGUUGUAUGGAGCGAAGUGACUUCGAUUAUGCAGCGAACUGCCUUUUUGGGGCGAAAUGACCAUGGGGCGGGUACCGGAUACCAUCCCUGGGUAAGAACCACCGUGUUUUUAUUUGUGAGUGUUCGGUGACUGAUUGCUUCUUUUGUCUUUCUUAGGGCCAGGAGAGCAAAGUGAAAUUACUAAGUACAUCAUAAAGUAAGUUGCUAACUGUUUUCUCUGCUAAAUUCUCUCUGAAUUCUUUCCUGUUUUUCAAGGCUUCGCGAACUAUUCAACCUUAGUUAAUUCCAUCCCGUUGCGUCGUUGUAACAACUAGAUGAAUUUCAGCUAUUUGAAAAGAUUGUUAGAGGUUGCCUUUUUAUAAAUAUUUUGAGGAAAUCUUGAGUAACUUGAAUUUUUUCUUUAACUUCGAGGUGCCUUAAAUGCUGCUUUUGGUGUUUGGAGAAGUUCCUGAAAUUUCUCAACAAGAAUGCCUACAUUAUGGUUUGUAAACGAUUUUAUAGAGUCAUUUAGUUACUUAACGUUUUCCCCUCCUAUUUUCAUAUUUUCCCCUCUUUGUUAUGGUUGAUCCUGUCUCCUCUUAAUUUUGUAAUCAAAUGUACUUGGCAGAGAUGUUAUUCGCAAAUCUUGCGAAGAAAAGUGAACGACUUAAACCUUUUUACCUCCCAAGGUCGAAUUAGUUAUUCUCCGUACUGUCUGUUAUACAGUUUUUAUGAAGUUAGUUCAGAGAAUUCGGUAUUAGAUCAACUAAUGAUUCCCUGAUUGAUUGAUUGUCUGCUUGAUAUUGUAUCGAUAUUGUAAGGAGAAAUUCUGUCUUGGUCACUCAGGGGGGUGGAGAUUUAUUCUCGAAUGUGUUCCUCUGCUUGUGUACCCAUAAACAACAGAAAGAUUAAAGCUUGGACUAAUUUGCCAACUCGUUUGAUUCAGAUUGCAGUACACGGCAAGAAUUUUUGCGUCUCAGCAAAAGAUGCUUUUUUCCUCCUGAUGAGGAAUAUUUUGAGGUGAGUGCACCUUGGUGAAAAGCUAAAUUAUGUUGGGAAAGAGUUCUCAUGGUCAAAUGAACCGAGUUGUGUAGGAGAUCUUCAGAAUAACAGGUUGUUAUUUGCAUAAGUUUCCGCUAUCGACAAUUUCACGGGGGUAUCUUAGUCACAGUUGAUUUGAGGAUGCAACUGUUUAAUAACAAUUUUUAUUUUCUCUGGUAAAGAGACACGAGGGCGUAACUUUGUACAUAUUUGCAACAACGAGGCGGUAUACUCCAAACCAAGUAUCGAUAAUAAUGUGGGGAGAAUUACAGAGAUUUUGUGCCGGGAAGGAACUGAUAUCUGCUUUGGGUGUUAAUCAUUUCUGUUCAUUUGCAGAGUCGCCGUAUUGGACAAAGUAACGGACUUUGUUCUGUUUCUUGGUCAGUUGACUAUUGCUGCAGGCCUAGGUGAGUCUGUCUCCUUUCUGUUACAGCCUUAACUCCCACGAAUGACCAAGAGAGAAUUUCUCCUAACCAAAUCAAUGCAAUAUCAAACAGAAAAGUUAUGACAGUAAAGAAAAAUAUCCAUUGGGGGAUUAGUAGUUGAUUGAAUACCAAAUUCUCAGAACUAACAUCAUAAGAAUUGCAUGACAGACAGUAAGGAGAAUUACUAAUGAGAUCUUGGGAAUGAAAGGGUUAAAAUAACUUGGAGGUUGAUGUGUUGUUUGUAGUUCUCUACCUAUGGUUUAGCCUAACACUUAAUGAAAAUGUACAAACCGUUUAGCCCUAAUUUACAAUUUUUGAAUAACUUAGAUCAAAAUCAAGUUGACCCCCAUCCUGGUUUAGUUGCACUAGUUUUUCCACUGAACCGGCCCUUAAUUUCAAUCGUAAAAAAUGUAGCUGAAUGUACCUUAUUAAAAUUUAAGUUGUAUGUGGGAACAGCAAUUCGUUACUUUCCAUCCUUUCCGCGAGAACCACGCCUGGUUAAACUCGUUUCAAAAUGGAGUAUGUUCAUAGGCUGUUAAGGAGAGUUUAUAACAGGAAAUCGUUCACUUAACUACUUGUCAUGUAUAGAAACGAAGGAGUCAAUUUAUUUUCUAUCGUUUUCAAGUAGUUUUAAUCAUUAGCCAUUCCGUCGUUGUAUUCUUAUUUAUUAUAGUUAUCUGUUUAUCCUUACACAGGUAUUGGGAGCUUCUAUUGGUUCGAACGACAAGAAAACCUCAACUAUUACUUGGCCCCUGUCAUUGUAAGUAUUCUGUCUUAUUUUUUAUAGAGAAGUACAACUGUUUAUGUCUCCAAGAUGACAUAAAUUAUAUGCCAACUUUCUAAGUUUCUUGACAACGAUAUAAGCAAACCGCUAACAAGUUUUUCGUAUCGGGGUUAUGCAAAUGAAGUGACCAUGGGAGAGCUUUCCUUUCAUUGAUUACUGGAACUGAUGGACAGGUUGACGGACACACGGGCAGACAGGUAGAAAAACAAACACAGACAGGUUGACGGGCAGAAAGGUAGAAAGACAGACAAACAGACAGUUAGACAGUUAGACAGUUAGAGGGGCAGACAGGUAGAAACUGGCUAGAAAGACAGACAAGCAGACAGUUAGAGGGGCAGACAGGUAGAAAGACAGACAGACGGACGGACGGACAGACAGGUAGAAAGACAGACAAGCAGACAGUUAGAGGGGCAGACAGGUAGAAAGGUAGGAAGAUAGACGGACGGACGGACAGACAGACAGACAGACAGACAGACAGACAGACAGACGGAUAGACGGGCAGAUAGACAGAUCGGUAGGAAGACAGACAUGAUACAUGUUUGAUUAUUGAUUCACCAAGGAAUGAAUGGGCUCACCUCAAGGUUUGCAUGUGUCCUCUUAUUCUCCUGUAUUGUGUUUUUCAAGAUCAUCGUUGUUGGUGCCUACAUGAUAGCAUCAGCUUUCUUCAGUGUCUACAACAUGGCUAUUGAUACGGUCUUCCUUUCAUUCUGUAAGUUUUUUUUUUUUUCGUAGUCGCGUUUGUAAUGGGUUAUUAGGUAUGACAAGUCUUGUUAGAAAAAGCGGCACAGAUUAUAACAACGUUGCCGAAAAUACCCCAUGACUGUUUACCGAAAUUGGGUAUAAAGCGAGACGAGUUUCGUUUAACUUGUGUUUGUGCCCAUUUUUUUAAUUCCGUGUUUUGAGCGCUACAUAUCAUACCUGGAAGAUUUUGCCCUUUUUUCUCAACCAAAACUCAUUGGUGGUGCAAAACAUGUUCCCUUAUUGGCAGGUAAUGUUGUUCGAAGUAAAUUAAUAUUUUUCCAGUCUUAGCUUUAACCGUUAUUGACACUGUUCACAAAAAUCAACAUUUUUGUUAAUCGGAAUUGCUUAGACAUGAAUAGAAUAUUAGUAAUGAAUAUUAGAUCACUUUUUUCCGAAAGAAGCCACUAGUAAACUUUCAGCCGCAAGAGUGUGAUGUAUACCUUAUGCGUGAGAUCAUUCGCUCAUUCGCUCCUUUGCUCGCUCGCUUGCUCGCUCUUAUAUUUAUUAAGUUUGUCGUUUUAUUCUUGUUAUAUACAGUGGAGGAUUCUGAGCGAAAUGACGGCUCCCCGGAAAAGCCAUACUACAUGAGCAAGUCCCUGAGGAAGAUAAUUGGAAAGAAAAACAAGAAAAAUUCAGACAGCGAAUGAAAUGGCUGCGGCCGGAUCAUCAGCGGUUAAACUUCAGAUAUGCCGCUGCUAAAUUGACUAUUACCAUUUGCAAUCGGUUCACUUGAUUGGAUGAGCAGUAUUUAUAGCCGAAAUUUUAUAGACCGAUUGAAGGGAAAGACAGAGGUGACUACACUAACGAGAUUCGACAUUCGUUUUUAGUUAUUUCUCUAAACUAUUUUUCAUAGCUAGUUUAAUACUGAAAACCCUCUCUGUGGUGCGAGAUGUUUCAAAUAGAAGAGCCCGCGAGAAUACUUCUACUUUUAUUUAAUGGGAAGUGAGGCUGUUUUUCGCCUUAGUGAUUGGGAAGAGUAAAGCAGUUUUGUACAAGGAUAAACAGACAAUUUUGACACAAACAUUUUACUUAAUAUAAUUUAAUAUUUUCACUUCUAAGUGCGGUAGAAUCCAUUUGGACAUAAAUGUAUUAUUGCUUCUCUCUUCCAAGUAUUUUGGUCAAGUAGGGUUACAGAUUAUCGCUGGACGAAAUCUUUGUACAUACAAGGCUCUCGUCGCUGUAAUUGAAUUUGUGUAAAGCGUGUUUCAACGUAUUUUGUAGCAUAGCUAGUAAAUUUAUCUAAUCAAAUUCAAUUGCGCGAGCUUACUUCAUAUUCGUAUAUUCAUAUGCACGCUCAUGACGUCAGCAAACAAAUCCCUCGGGGAAAAAAUUUUUCUUCGGGUUGAAAAUGUUAUAAAACAAUUGGUUCAUACGUCAGCUGUACGUUCAUCGAGAUAUGAAGCACUUGGGAAGUUUGGAGAGCACUCAAGAAGCUAGAGUUCACUCAAGAAGCUAGAACUCUUACGCAUCUUUCGUGCUCUCCAAACUUCCCGCGUGCUUCGUAUCUCGAUGAACGCACGCUGACAUAUGAACCAAUUGUUAAGUAUCAUUGUUAAACAUAGAUCAGGCCUGAAUACAGACAGUGUGUAAAUGGAGAACUUUAUAAACUAUGUUUUAGGUUGCAAAUCGAGGUUUUUUCCACUUGCAUUAGAGAUGGAAAAUUUCGGUCAUCAAACGUGCUGGGAAAACGUCGCAGAAAAGCAACAAGGCUUCAAGGUCGUUUUCUUACACGUUUUGCUUUCCGUGUGUGUUGCGCGUGAUUUUCGUUUCGCUAUUCGUUGACCAAAGCCUCAGGACCCUAACGACCGUUAAAGCUGACUAAGAGUCCCAAAAGGUUGGAUGUUGAAGUAGUAAGCUUUGCACCAAAUGUUUGAUUUAAUUUUCAUGUGUUAGAGUAUUGUGCAGUAGAAGGAAGUUUGCUUGCACAUAGAAGGUUUAAUAUUUAUUUAACGUAUUAGAUCGAUUGUUGUGUAAUUUGUGGGUGAAGCCUCCCCCAGAACAGGGUU